CUUUGCUUCUCUAUAACACUUGUUGCCUUCUUCCUCUUUGUCCUCUUCCUCUUCUUCUUCCUUCUUCCUCAAAAUUCAUUUUCACAUUCUCUCACCAGACACCAACUCCAGUUUCAUCCCGACAAUGGAAACAUUCCGAACAUUCCAUCUUCUUCUCCCUUUUCUUUUCCACCUCCUCUUCUUCUUCACAAACACUCCCCUGACGUCAGCAAAAUCUCAGAUCGUUGACUGUACAAUGUGCACUUCUUGUGACAAUCCUUGUCAGCCAAACCCUUCUCCUCCUCCGCCGACUCCAUCUCCGCCGCCUCCAGCUACCUCCACCACCACCGCCUGUCCUCCGCCUCCUAGCUCCGGCGGUAAUGGCGGUGGUCCUUACUACUACUAUCCACCUCCUUCUCAGUCUGGCUCUAACCGUCCACCACCGUCUUCUUCUGACUCGGGAAGCGGCGGUGGCUACUACUAUCCGCCGCCGAAAAGUGGAGGGAACUAUCCUUUUACGCCGCCGCCAAAUCCAAUCGUUCCUUAUUUUCCGUUUUACUACUACAACCCUCCGCCGCAAUCUGUUGUAUUGUCCGGAUCUGAUGUGAAAAUUAGAUUCUCUUACGGAUUCUCUCUUGUCUUAAUUCUUCUCUCUUUAUUUUUGUCGCUUUUAAAUUAA